UGCAGGACGGUAGGCGGUGUGCCAGUCUACUAAUCGUCCGCGACGACGUCACGGCACUGUUCGCGUUUGCUUUUUUAGAGCAAUUAUUUCAAUGCGCCGCGGCGUGCAAUGAUUUUGCACUCGUGGGCGCUCGGCGAUCGAUGCCACGCGUGUCCGUCCGGCAUCGGCCCGAAAUGCGAGUGGGCGUAAAGUCGCCGCCGGGCCUGACGGAAUUGCUGUGCGCCGUAGAUAACCUAGAAGGAUGAUAGUGAUGCCGUCGCGUCGGCGAUACGUGACCGUGUCGUAAGACGGGUGUAUCGCGUAGGAUAUCAUUAUGGAUUGCUCGUGCCAUUUAAUCUGAUCUGAUCGUGACGUGGAAUUACGGUGAGAUCGCCGAUCGCGUGGGAUUUGGUUCGCGCGGCUUAUAGGUUAUCCCAAGUCGACUGGAGGAUCGACCGAAUUUGUCGCCGCGGGUUCGCAGUACCUAUUUGCAUGAUUUGUCGUCGCGUUGUGCGCACCAUCGAUAGAAUUUUGUCGACGGAUUUAUAUGUCGUCCCGCCGGUCCAUCAUGCAUCUUGUGAGGAACGAGCAGCUCUUUCUGUUAAUAGCUACCGUCUGUCUUAGUUUCGAACAGCAAUAUGAAAGAACUGGCGUGAUUAUAUCCUGGAGAAAUUUCUGAGAUAAUGUAAUAACUGUUACAAUGUGUUUGUGACUGAAUAUAGACCUUUUACAUUGGAGUAAAUAAUGCUUAGAACUAUCAUAUAUCUUUGUAUAACCUGACUGUAUCGAAAAUGCAAGCCAAGAAACGCUAUCUAUUAUUAUUUGUAACAUGUGCGUUUCUUGGUUAUUGCUAUUUCGGUGGGUAUCGUUUAAAAAGCGAAAAAUGGACAGGCAGAUCUCAGUUGCCUUAUGAGCGAUUGCCUUCAUAUUUAAGUCUAAAUGAAGAGUUCUAUGACAAAGAUUUAAAGACAUCCAGCGGGGCUUUGGUCAUGUCUCAGCGUACACGGUAUUGCCGUAUGGAAACUUGCUUCGACUUUACAAGAUGCAAGCAAGGUUUCACCGUGUAUGUUUAUCCGAUCGAGGAUGUGAUAAGUCCACUAUACCAAAAAAUAUUAAAUGUUAUCACGGAAUCAAGAUAUUACACGUCGGACCCAGCACGGGCAUGUAUAUUUGUCUUAGCUCUGGAUACGUUAGAUAGAGAUCCCUUAUCGACUGAAUUUGUACACAAUCUUCCCUUGAAAUUAUUACACCUGCCAUAUUGGAAUAACGGAAGGAAUCAUCUGAUAUUUAACUUAUAUUCUGGUACGUGGCCCGAUUAUGCUGAAGAAUCACUGGCUUUCGACGUGGGUUAUGCCAUGCUUGCUAAGGCCAGCAUGUCCAUUUUUAAACACCGACCUGACUUUGAUGUGUCAAUACCUCUGUUUGGCAAACAACAUCCGGAACGUGGUGGAGAACCCGGCCAAGCGUUAGAAAAUAAUUUUCCUAAUAAUAAAAAGUAUGUGGCAGCUUUUAAGGGAAAACGAUAUGUACAUGGCAUUGGAUCCGAGACAAGAAACGCUCUCUAUCAUCUGCACAAUGGUAAAGAUUUGGUGUUUGUUACAACUUGCCGUCACGGGAAGACCUGGAGAGAAUUCCAAGACGAACAUUGUCAGCAGGAUAAUCAAGAAUAUGAUACAUAUGACUAUGAAAUUUUAUUAAUGAACGCUACGUUUUGUCUGGUUCCACGAGGACGACGAUUAGGUAGCUUUCGGUUUCUAGAAGCCUUGAGAUCGGGAUGUAUUCCAGUCAUUUUAAGCAAUGGUUGGGCUCUUCCCUUUCAUGAACGUAUUGAUUGGAAUCAGGCUGUAAUAUUUUCCGACGAGAGAUUGUUACUCCAAAUUCCAGAUAUAUUACGAUCCGUGUCCAAUGUACAAAUUCUUAAACUACGGCAACAAACACAAUUUUUAUGGGAGAGAUAUUUUUCCUCUAUUGAAAAAAUUGUAUUUACCGUGUUCGAGAAUAUUCGCGAGCGUUUGCCAUGGGAAGGUGCGCGGGAGAGAAUCGUCUGGAAUACUAGUCCUGGAGCAUUGGCGAUUUUGCCACAAUUCACUGAUAGCCAGCAAGAACUUCCCUUUUCGAACAGUAAUCCUGGUAACACUUUCACUGCCAUAAUCUAUUCGCAAUUGGGAUCCACCGCCGUACUUUAUCGUUUACUUAGAAGUCUCGCGAAAAGCAAGUACCUAGAUAAGAUAAUACUUAUGUGGAACUCGGACAUUCCGGUGCCAAGAAAACCACGUUGGCAAGGUAUCAGAGCGUCAAUCCAUGUUGUCGCGGUUGACGGCAUAUCUCAACGUUUUUAUCCUCAUCCGUUAAUCAAAACUAGUGCCAUAUUGUCGCUCGAUGAGGACGCUACUCUAAAUACCGAUGAGAUUGACUUCGCUUUUACGGUUUGGCGGUCAUUUCCCGAUCGAAUAGUAGGGUAUCCAGCGAGGUCUCACUAUUGGGAUGACUCAAAGCGUUCCUGGGGUUAUACCAGUAAGUGGACAAACGAUUACAGUAUCAUUCUCACCGGUGCCGCUUUUUACCACCGCUAUUAUAAUACUCUGUAUACCGAGUUGUUGAGCUCGACUCUCCAUAAGACCGUGGAGCAGUCGCAGAAUUGCGAGGAUAUACUCAUGAAUUUCCUGGUGAGUCACGUAACUCGAAGGCCGCCUAUCAAAGUGACGCAGCGCAAAUUGUAUAAAGAUACCAUGGUAGCUGGAAUUAGAUCGCCGUGGAACGACCCGGAUCAUUUCAUACAGCGACAAACAUGUAUGAACACAUUUGUCGCUGUCUUCGGGUAUAUGCCAUUAUUGCGAUCUAACAUGCGAUUGGACCCCGUUCUGUUCAAAGAUUCCGUGAGCAAUUUGCGCAAGAAAUAUAGGCAAAUUGAACUAGUUAGUAAUUAGAAUUGUACACACUGCUCGAUUACGCAUGACUAUUUAAUUUUUCAAGCGCGCCAAAUAACGCAAAAUCUUUGUGUACGAUAUUAGGUCUAUUUUUUUAGCGCACUUACGAUAAAAGUUGAGUAAAAAAAGUUAUGUAUUUUAGAGAAUGAAAAAGGAAAGAGCGGAAUAAUGUGAACAAGUGCAAUAAAUAUAGCUAAAAAAACAGAUCUACCGUCUUUGCCGUGCGAAUGUGCAUAUACAGUUGUACGGGACACGUUUGUCCGUUUGCGUGCUAUGCCAUAUUAGGCUAUCGGUAUUGUCGGGCAGAAAAUCAAAGUCCGUUAUCCAGCAAGGACGUAUGGUGAUAUCCCUGCAAUUUAUUUGCUAGUAAUUUUGUACAAAUUGUAGAAUCGUAACGACGUCGUUUCAAUUUGACGAUGUUUCGCGCAGCUAUUAUUAACUGCGGGCAUUUAAUUGAUGUACAUACAAAUUAUAAUUUCAUAAUUAUAAAAGAAAAAGUUGUUUAAGAAAUACUUGAAUUUUUCACUACAGUGAAAUCGUUUGAACGGUUUGAUGUAAAAAGAGAUAGAAAAAUCAAAUUUUUCUUACGCGCGUGUUUUCAUACGUAAUUUAUCUUGCAGCUGAAAAGGAAAAAAAGAAGCAAAAAAGGUAUCAUAUUUGUAUGUAUAACAAUAUUUUUAAUCAUAAAGAUUUGCGAAUGUUUUUCUAUUUGAAUAAAUGUAUUUCAUGUAAUUUUUCUUAGAUUCGGGAUACGUAAGAAAUCCGUAAAAUUUUAAGGCGGACUUCGUCAAGUGCUUUGAUAGUAAUGACGUGAAAGUCGAUGUUUAUAUUGAGACGAGGUGCAAGCCAGAUCUGUUUAUAUUUAAAAUGAUUGUAAAGAUGUUAGAGUUUAAUGCGAUUAUCGAUAUCGAUUUUUCUUGCUAUCAAAUAAUUUUAAUUUAAUACGAUAUAAUUUUAAGCGUCGCCUUACUAACCUCUUUCCCCUUUUUACUCCUUUUAUCUCUUUUUAAAAUAUAUAUAUCACAUAUUUAAAGUUGAUAAAAUUUUAUAUACAAAGAGAUUCUGUCAAUUUAUCUUAUAAUUAUGCACAAUUAUUUAUGUGCAUACUAUUGCGUACGCUGCAUUGUUUUAAUGGGUAAUCACGUUCUACCGAUCGCAUUGGUUCACGAGUGUAUUUAAUGAAUCUGAUCAGCAUAUCUAUUCAGUUCAGCAUAUCUAUUCGAAUACUGCCGAGUUCUCAGGAACAUGCUUGAAAAAAAAAAGAAUAAAAAAAGAAAUUUUCUUUAUCAAGGCGUCGCAACAAUAUCUAGUCGUUUACACCGAUAUACAUUGUUACACGAUGAGAAAGAUAAUUUGUAAUCCCCUCGGUUAGAAGGAUUGUACAAUAAUGUGGCAUCUGCAUGUGUCUUGAAGACGGAAAGUUAUUUAUAUAUGUGAUACGUUUUUUUUUUCUAUUGUACGUUCCGUAAUCAUUCUAGAGAAAUAUUGAAGAAGCUCCAUAAUUUUUAUGCACACUAUAUUUCUGCAACUUGAGGAGGUAUGCGUAUGCGUUAGAAUCAAAAGCGAGUUAAUUGAAAUUCUUAUUGUUACCCAGAAUUUCGUGUCAUUAAUUCCAAUGAUUGAUGUACUUUACGAUUGUCCUUGAGUUGCAUCAAUUGAUAAAUGUAAAUUAGUAUCUGGGUGUAUAUAGAAACUGGUAGGAUAAUCUCUAUCCUUUAAUUGCUCGGCGAACAAUCCUAAUCAAAUAUGUUCCAAUCGUUACCGGUCACUGAAGGCAAGCGUAAUUCUUCGUACAAAGAAAAAAAGUCCUAUGCAGUGGCCAUAGAUAUUUUGAUUCUAUCCGAUGUGAAGUGAUGGUUCCGAUCUGUUAAACAUUUUCCAUAUAAUCGUAUUGCGGAAAAAAAUAAUGUAAGGUAAUAAGAUAUAGUAUUAGUCAUUUUAUAUGGGGGAAAAAAAAUAAACUGUUUUGUA